GCAGCAAUGGCGCCAUUGAGAGGUCCCAUCGCGAUCCUGAAUUAAGUUUGAAGAUGUUGGUUUGGCCGUGUCGGUUGUUGUUACAAUAAUGUCUUCAGUUCAGAAUCUUAGAGAGUUUAUCAAGGAGAGAUUAACUUCUGCUGCAGAAGAAAUCUUCUCAGAGUUUGAAAAAACGAUCGUCCGGUAUGAGGAAGAGAUCCGUCAGCUAAGACUGCUUGAUAUCAGACCCGGGAUAAAGUCACACAAUACAGGUCUGAACGAUCAGCAGUUCUGUGACCAGGAGAGGAGCUCCAGUCUCAACCAGGAGGACCCAGAGCCUCUACAGAUUAAAGAGGAACAGGAGGAAAUCUCCACCAAUCAGGAAGGAGAGCAGCUUGCACUGAAGCAGGAGGAUGAAGGGAUUACUGUCUGGACCGGAGAACAGCUGGAUUUGUUGUGGAAACCUGGAUCACGGCUGACCAGAUUUGACCUCCCACAGCAACAUGAUUGUAAGGAAAAUGAGGAUCUGGAUGACCCGCAGGUCUGUAGCCAGGAAAGGAACUCCAGUCUGGACCAGCAGAACACAGAUCCUCCACAGACUAAAGAGGAACAGGAGGAAAUCUCCACCAAUCAGGAAGGAGAGCAGCUUGCACUGAAGCAGGAAACCAAAGGCAUCAUCAUCUGGACCGGGCAGGAGCUGGGCAUCAUGUGGAACCCUGAAGUAAAGUUGCACAGAAUAGAUUUUCCACAACAUGACUGUAAGGAUGAGGAGGGGCUCACAAAUCAGCAGGUCCGUAACCAGGAGAAGAACUCCAGUUUAGGCCAGGAGGAUCCUUCACAGAUUAAAGGGCAACAGGAGGAACUCAGUACCACUGAAGAGGAAAAACCGCUUGUACUAAUGCAGGAGACUGCAAAUUUUCCAUCUCGUGAAAAAAGUGACCACAGUGAAUCAGAACCAUGCUGUGACCAGUGCCUUUCUCACAACUCUUCUGACACAGAUGAGGAUGAAAGCAAGGAUGGUAACUCACACAGAAAUAAGUCGGAGCAAAUCGUAUCAGGCUUGUCAGUUCAAAAUUCCAAGACAGCUAAGUUAUGUAGAACCUGUGGGAAAAGAUUUAUUUGGAAGUCAGACUUAACUAAACACAUGCGAAAUCACACUGGUGAGAAACCACAUUGCUGUAGCACCUGUGGGAAAAGAUUUUUUCUAAAAUCAAAUUUGAAAACACACAUGCGAAUUCACACAGGCGAGAAGCCACAUUGCUGUAGCACCUGUGGGAAAAGAUUUACUAUGAAGGGUCAUUUGAAUAUGCACAUGCGAAUUCACACAGGCGAGAAGCCACAUUGCUGUAGCACCUGUUGGAAAAGAUUUACUAGGAAGAGUCACUUGAAUAUGCACAUGCAAAUUCACACAGGUGAGAAGCCACAUUGCUGUAGCACCUGUGGGAAAAGAUUUACUAGGAAGAGUCACUUGAAUAUGCACAUGCGAAUUCACACAGGUGAGAAGCCACAUUCUGUAUUACUUUAGUACAGUUGAAAAUGCAUUUCGGAAACCAUCCUACAUGCUAAGUUUCAUUCUUAGAAAAUGGUGAUGGCAGAUCACAUAAACAGUGUUUGGAUCAUUUAAAAACUUCAUUUUGAAAAGGUUUUC